ACUUAUUUAGCAUUUACCGAAUAUACAUCCAAAAAUAGAUUCCUUGGAUUAGAAUAACCCAUAAAUUGUAGGCGUAGUUUUGUAAGUUCUAUUUCCGGUGAAAACCUUUUUUAUCUUGGGAAAAUGUCAUAUUCACCAAAAAGUAUUUUUGCUACCCUACCAAGAACUGCCAGAGGCCAACCUCUAGUUCUAGGAGGAGAUCCAAAGGGAAAGAACUUUUUAUAUACCAAUGGAAAUUCAGUUAUUAUUAGGAAUAUAGAGAACCCUGCAAUAUCCGAUAUUUAUACCGAACAUUCUUGUCCAGUUAAUGUUGCCAAAUAUUCACCCAGUGGAUUCUAUAUUGCUUCUGGAGAUCAGAGUGGUAAGAUAAGAAUUUGGGACACAGUAAAUAAAGAGCACAUUUUGAAGAAUGAAUUCCAUCCUUUUGGAGGCCCAAUUAAAGAUAUCGCCUGGUCUCCAGACAACCAAAGAAUGGUGGCUGUGGGUGAAGGCCGCGAACGUUUCGGGCAUGUCUUUAUGUCGGAAACUGGAACAUCGGUUGGUGAGAUCUCUGGCCAGUCGAAACCCAUCAACUCCUGCGAUUUCAGACCCUCAAGGCCUUUCCGUAUAAUAACCGGAUCAGAAGACAAUACAAUUGCUGUAUUUGAAGGUCCACCAUUUAAAUUCAAAAUGACCAAACAGGAUCACUCGAGGUUUGUUCAGGCUGUAAGAUAUUCCCCAAGUGGUAAUUUGUUCGCUUCUGCCGGUUUCGAUGGUAAAGUUUUCAUUUAUGAUGGAACUUCAUCCGAAUUAGUUGGUGAGGUUGGUAGCCCUGCUCAUAGCGGGGGAGUUUAUGGUGUCACAUGGAGUCCAGAUGGAAAGCAACUCCUCACGGCUAGUGGGGAUAAAACUGCCAGGCUCUGGGAUGUAGAAACUAGACAAAUGGUAUCGGAGUUCGUCAUGGGUUCUAGUGUAGAUGACCAGCAAGUAUCUUGCCUGUGGCAAGGCCAGUAUUUGUUGAGCGUGUCUUUGAGUGGUUUCAUCAGUUACUUGGAUGUGAACGAUCCUACCAAGCCCAUAAAAGUCAUAAAGGGACACAACAAGCCGAUAACCGUUAUGACUUUGAGCGAAGAUCGUAGCAGUAUCUUCACAGGUUCCCAUGACGGUUUCGUCACAACUUGGAGCGCUUCAACUGGUGAAAACGAUAGAGUUGAAGGUAAAGGCCAUGGAAAUCAAAUCAACGGGAUGAAGGCCCACGACGGAACCCUUUACACGAUUGGUAUCGAUGAUUCUUUGAAACAAAUCGAUAUCGAAGGCAACACAUACAAAUCCCAGGACGUAAAAUUGGGCUCCCAACCGAGAGGCAUGGACAUCCUCAAGGAACAGAACAUAAUCGUUACAGCUAGCGUGAAUGAGAUCACCGUGGUGCAAGAUAACCGCAAAGCCGGCAGUUUGAAGGUCGAUUACGAACCGUCGAGUGUCAGCUGUUCUCCCAGAAACCACGUAGCGGUUGGGGGCACCGGAGAUUCCAAAGUGCACAUCUACGAGAUCAACGGAACGAAUUUGAGUCCCAUCAAGGAGUUGACUCAUCGUGGGGCUGUUACUGACGUUUGUUACUCGCCGGACGAUAACCAUCUGGUGGCUUGCGAUGCCAACAGAAAAGUUAUACUUUAUAAAGUUCCUGAAUAUGAGCUUGCCAAUAAUAAAGAAUGGGGCUUCCACAAUGCAAGGGUAAAUACUGUAGCAUGGUCUCCAGAUUCUCAACUUAUAGCAAGUGGAAGUUUGGACACCAGUAUUAUAAUUUGGUCAGUUGCCAACCCUGCCAAACAUACGAUCAUCAAAAAUGCUCAUCCCCAAAGUCAAAUAACGAAGCUGAGCUGGUUGGACAACGAAACUCUGGUCUCAGUUGGACAAGACUGCAAUACUAAACUGUGGAACAUUUCACCAUUUUAAUGCUAUUUAUUUUCAUUUAUCAUUCAUUUUCAUUGUCGAACAAAUUAACAGUAUCUUUAUCUGGUCAAUUUGAAUUUACAAUAUGCAUUUACGUACUAUCAAAUCGAAUUUAUUGUUUUUUUUUUUUGUUUAAAAUUUUAUACAAAGCUUUAUUUUACAUUUUCUUCUAAGUCAACUUUAUAUUUAAAUUAUAUAUUCAUAUAUCUUGUGUUCUUUUUUUUUUGAGGUGUGUAUAAUUGAUAUAGUACAGCAUUAGGGAUGUUAUUGUAUUGAGCUCUUUAAUGAAUGGAAUACUAUUUGAUAAAACUUAUUUAUUAUUAAUAAAGUGAUUGCCAAUAAA